AUGCAGAACCCUCGGGCAGUGACAGUGAGCGGGGAGUGCGCUCAAGCGCUGCUGCCCGCAUUUGCCGCGUGCGCUGCGGAUACGGUGCAGGCUGCUGCAGAGCUGCCGGGGUGUUGCGAGGGGCUUGACGCGCUGCCCCAGGCCUGCCAGGACGCCUUCUUGUUCACGGGGAUAGAGGAGGGCGGCGGCGACAGUGACAUAGAGGAUCUGUUCCAGGCCUGCGCCAUUGGCGAACUCACCAUUAUGCCCGCCAACGACACCAGCGAUUCGUCACAGUGCACAUCCGUCGUGGCCGCCGCCGGCGACGCAUGCGAGGGCAGCGCCCAGCUCGAGCCGGGCUCCCCCUGCUGCGAUGGGUUACUGGGGCUGGGGCUGGAGUGCCUCGUUCAGUACAAUGCCUUCGUUGCAAACAAUGAGACGACGGCCACUGAGCUGGCCCAGGUGCUGGAGGGGUGCGAAAUCGAUCUCACAGCGAUUGCAAACAGCACUGACGCGGGGUGA